AUGGGGUUUAAGUGGGUGGUCACUUGGGUGUGUCCUCGAGCAAGACAUGACAACCCUGGCAAGUUUGAUGAUAUUGUUGUUGCCUUUUCUAUUUUUCUAUUUCUAUUUACUGUAGAUUAUGAGACCAAGUCUCCGUACUUUGGAGCAAUUUGUGGCCGGGUGGCCAAUGUGGUAGCUGGUGCUCAGUUUGACCUGGAAGGACAAACCUACAAGUUGUACGAGAACCGACCGCCUCUCUCUGUGCAUGGUGGCAAGGCUGGAUUCGACAAGAAAACCUGGCAGGCUGAGGUAGUGGGGGACAACAAGCUGUCGCUGACGUACGUCAGUCCACACCUGGAGGAGAACUACCCCGGAGAGCUGACGUCAUCGGUCACGUACAGCCUGGAUGACCACAGCGCCCUCACGCUGCAGUACGCUGCCACCACCACUAGGACCACCGUCCUCAACCUCACCAACCACGCCUACUUCAAUCUGGCUGGCCAUGGACAUGGCCAUCUCAAUGACCACAGGCUGAAGGUUUUUUCUGAUAAGUACUUGGUCCUUGAUGACAUCUACGUCCCUACAGGAGAGAUUCAGAAAGUAGACGGAAGUCCGUUCGAUUUCCAGAGCCCAGUGAAGGUGGACGUGUCUCGUUUACAGUCCAUUCAGGACGGGCUCGGGUACUUCAAUACCUUCCCGCUGGAGAAUGCAGGACAACUAAAGUUAGCUGCCAGAAUGGAACACGCGCCUACGGGUCGCUACUUGGAGUGCCGCACCACGGAACCGGGCGUGUCUUUCUACACGUCAGGAUACAUGCCCCAGAUAGCUGGCAAGGCGGGGGCUCAGUACAAGCAGUUCUGUGCCUUUUCUCUUGAAGCUCAGCAUUUCCCAGACAGUAUUCACCAU